CUCUCGUAGCGAAACACAUUGUCGUUGAAAAUCGUUGAUUUAUUUUUAUCGAAUAACUGUUUAAUCAAAAAUUCAAAAUGAACAAAGUAUUAGAAAAUCCAAAUCCUAAGAUAUAUCCAAAGCUCGAGGACAAAUUAGGACACGAUGAGCAAAAUUUAACGCUGAAACCUGGCGAGUAUGAUGCUCGUGGAAUUUUUGAAUUACUACGACAUAUCAAUGAUCCUGAACAUCCAUUAACACUCGAACAGUUAAAUGUUGUUGAACAAAGCUUGAUUGAGGUUGACAAUAAAAACAAUGAAAUCAAUGUUAAAUUCACUCCAACAAUUCCACACUGUAGUAUGGCAACACUUAUUGGUUUAUCAAUAAGAACACAGUUAUUACGAAAGAUCCCACCAAAGUUCAAAGUAAGUGUCAUGAUUACUCCCGGAACUCAUAUUGCUGAAAAUGCAGUUAACAAACAACUGGCUGAUAAGGAAAGAGUUGCUGCAGCAUUAGAGAAUCAAUUCUUACUGACUGUUAUAGAGCAGUGUUUAGAUACAAAUUUAAUCCAAAAUAAUCUAAAUGAGGAAGAUGAUAUAGAUGAAAAUGAAUCUACUUGCUGUGGAAAUGCCAGCAGUACAAAUGAAUCAUCCUGUUGUAGAAGCACAGUAAAGGAAAAGGAAAAACCUUUAACUGAAAAUGUUCAAAGCACUUGCUGUCAAAAUGAGAAUAAAGAUAGUGUCAAUGUUUCAUCUAAAUGUUGUCAGAAUGAGGAUAAGAGUACUACUGUAAAUGAUUCAUCUUGUUGUCAGAAUGAAAAAGAAAAUAAUAUAAAUGUUUUAUCUUGUUGCCAAAGUGAGAAGGAAAAUAUUACUUGUUGUCAGAAUUCGACUUAA